AGUUAUUGGUGCAGUGAUGCAAAGGACACCGUUUCCCUGCCUCUGCCCAGCUCCGCCGUACGUAUAAAUGCUGUUGAGGUGCGUCCUUGUGUUUGACAUGAAAGUAUGUCAGUCCGGGUUAACGCUGGAUCUCCAGGCCUGCGCGGCUUUCACAGGAUACGCCUUUAAAUGGCGUGCAUGGUACUAAAGGGAGGGCGGACCGCGCUGGCCGUGUGUGAAAAUCCCGUGAUUGCCCGUCAGGCGCGCCGAGCCAAGCCGAGCCCAGCCGAGCCCAGCCCAGCGCUCUCUGUGAUGUGCGGCUGUACGCGGAGAGGGACGGCGCUCCGCUCCGAGACCCGCAGCGCUGCUCCGGACCUUCGCACUCAUCGCUGGUUUUAAACGCGGACCCAAAGCGACAAAACAUGCCAUAGGAAAGUGAAUGUGGAUUAUCGUGCUUUUGGAUACCUUUGCUGUAACUGAGUAACGGGAUUUAAAGGACAUCGUGUCAGUCCGUUGGACUGAGGCACCCUGAGGUCAAUAUGAGGAACGUCGUGAUGCCGACGACAGCCCGAAGACCCGCCUCUACGGGAUGUGGCCUGGCACAUUUGUGUAGCCUUGGCCGUGCAGCCUGAAGAGCAGGGGAGCCCAGGGCGGGCGGGCUGGAGCGUUGCGUCCUCUCCAUGGCCUUAGCUCUGCCACGUGUCUCCCUUCCACCAUUCUGCUCCAGCUGAAGACUUCUCUCAUCAGAUCGUAUUAGUGACAUAUUUCUGUGUGCGUGCCGUGGGAUGUACAUGGGAUCUAUCACUCUGUGAGCCAAAGCAAAUUCAAUGGUAUCUUACUGUUAAGGAUCAUAGCUCCCCACACCCACCGGUGCAACCUACAAUGAGUUCCCUCUGCUGUUGGGUCACAGUGCAGCUGCUGCUCAGUACUUUGCUAGGCCUGUGUUCCAGCCUGGAGUUUACAGGGGUCCCGGACCAGUGGGCCCGCUACUUGCGCUGGGACGCCAGCACCAGAAGUGACCUGAGCUUUCAGUUCAAGACGGACCUGUCCACUGCCCUGCUGCUGUACUUUGACGACGGUGGCUACUGUGACUUCCUGCAGCUUAUGGUGGUCGACGGCAAGCUGCAGUUGCGCUUUAGCAUCGACUGCGCUGAGGCAACCAUAGUCUCCAGCAAACGCGUCAACGACAGCAACUGGCACUUUGCCACACUCAGCAGGUACAAUCUGCGGACCGUCCUGGGGCUGGACAGCGAGACCAAAGUGGCUGAGGUGCGGCCGCAGAGGCAGUACAUGAAAAUCGUCAGCGACCUCUUCCUGGGGGGUGUCCCGCAGGACAUCCGCCCCUCCGCCCUGACGUUGCCCCUCGUGAAGGACCAGCCACCAUUCAGGGGACUUAUCACAGACCUGAAGUAUGGCACCCAGGGCCCGAGACUCCUCAGUAGUCAGAAAGUAGGCCUGGACAUGGAAGGCCUCUGCUCGGUGAACCCCUGUGAGAACGGAGGCAGCUGCUCGUUGGUAGAUGGGGAGCCGCUGUGCGAUUGCUCAAAAACCGAGUAUAUUGGGCGCUUCUGCGACCAAGUGUUGGGAGAGUUCCCGUCUGGUUCCCUGACAGUGGAGAGUGGGACAGAUGACAUGCAGAAAGUUCCCUGCAGGUUGCCUGCGGGCAUGCACAGGGCUGGAGCCUCAGCAUGCAUGAUGACAGACGUCAACAGUUUUCCAGGUUUCUCACACAUGAUGAUGGCCGAGCAAGCUAGAGAUGAGAAUGUGGCCACCUUUCGCGGCUCCGAGUACUUCUGCUACGAUCUGUCCCAGAACCCCAUCCAAAGCAGCAGCGACGAGAUCACGCUCUCCUUCAAGACGUGGCAGCGCAACGGGCUCAUACUGCACACGGGCAAGUCGGCCGACUACGUCAACCUGGCACUGAAGGACGGCGCUGUGUCCCUCGUCAUCAACCUGGGCUCCGGGGCCUUCGAGGCUCUGGUGGAGCCAGUGGACAUCAAGUUCAACGACAACAUGUGGCAUGACGUCAAAGUCACACGCAACCUGCGGCAGGUGACCAUCUCAGUGGACGGCAUACUCACCACCACUGGCUACACCCAGGAAGAUUACACCAUGCUAGGCUCCGACGACUUCUUCUACGUGGGCGGGAGUCCCAGUACAGCAGACCUGCCUGGAUCUCCUGUCAGCAACAAUUUCAUGGGCUGCUUGAAAGAGGUUGUGUACAAAAACAAUGACAUCAGGUUGGAGUUAUCACGGCUGGCCAGGAUUAUGGACCCCAAGAUGAAGAUCCAGGGUGAUGUGGUCUUCAGAUGUGAGAACGUUGCUACCUUGGAUCCAAUCUCCUUUGAGACUCCCGAGGCUUACAUCAGUCUACCUAAGUGGAACACCAAGCGGAUGGGCUCCAUCUCCUUCGACUUCCUCACCUCAGAACCCAAUGGACUGAUCCUGUUCACCCAUGGCAAGCCUCAGGACAGAAAGGACACACGAAGUCAAAAGAACACCAAGGUGGACUUCUUUGCCGUGGAGCUUCUGGAUGGUAGUCUUUACCUGCUACUGGACAUGGGCUCUGGAACCAUCAAAGUCAAGGCAACAGACAAAAAGGUCAACGAUGGCAACUGGUACCACGUAGACAUACAACGAGAUGGAAGAUCAGGCACCAUCUCGGUGAACAGCCGCCGCACGCCUUUCACUGCCAGCGGGGAGAGCGAGAUCCUGGACCUGGAGGGGGAAAUGUAUCUGGGCGGGCUCCCUGAAAACCGGGCAGGCCUCAUCCUGCCCACCGAGCUCUGGACGGCCAUGCUCAACUACGGCUACGUGGGCUGCAUCCGGGACCUGUUCAUCGACGGGCGCAGCAAGGACAUCCGGCAGAUAGCCGAAGCUCAGAACGGCGCCGGCAUCAAGCCGUCCUGCAGCAAGGUGGCGGGGAAGCAGUGCGAGAGUCACCCCUGCAAGAAUAACGGCGUGUGCCGGGAGGGAUGGAACCGCUUCAUCUGUGACUGCAAGGGGACCGGCUUCUGGUCCCGGACCUGCGAGAGAGAAGCUUCUAUCCUGAGCUAUGACGGCAGCAUGUACAUGAAGGUGGUCAUGCCCAUGGUGAUGCACACGGAGGCGGAGGACGUGUCUCUCCGCUUUAUGUCCCAGCGCGCCUACGGUCUGCUCAUGGCCACCACAUCGCGUGACUCUGCCGACACUCUCCGUCUGGAGCUGGACGGUGGCCGUGUCAAGCUGACGGUCAACCUAGACUGUAUCAGGAUAAACUGUAACUCCAGCAAAGGCCCGGAGACCUUGUAUGCUGGACAAAAACUCAAUGAUAAUGAGUGGCACACAGUCCGGGUGGUCCGGAGGGGUAAAAGCUACAGACUGACAGUUGAUGAUGACAUGGCAGAAGGUCAGAUGGCGGGUGACCACACGCGCCUGGAGUUCCACAACAUCGAGACGGGCGUGAUGACGGAGCGACGUUUUGUCUCCGUCAUCCCGUCCAGCUUCAUCGGCCACCUGCAGAGCCUCAGGUUCAACGGCAUGCUCUACAUCGACCUCUGCAAAAACGGCGACAUCGACUUCUGCGAGCUCAACGCCCGCUUCGGCAUGCGCUCUAUCAUCGCUGACCCCGUCACCUUCAAGACCAAGAGCAGCUACCUAAGUCUGGCCACUCUACAGGCCUACACCUCCAUGCACCUCUUCUUCCAGUUCAAAACUACCUCCCCAGAUGGCUUCAUCCUCUUUAACAGCGGGGAUGGCAACGACUUCAUCGCCGUAGAGCUGGUUAAGGGGUACAUCCACUACGUGUUCGACCUAGGCAACGGGCCCAACGUCAUCAAGGGCAGCAGUGACAGGGCUCUCCAUGACAACCAGUGGCACAACGUCGUCAUCACCAGGGACAACAACAACAUACACACGCUAAAGGUGGACGCCAAAGCAGUGAGUCAGGUGGUCAACGGUGCCAAAAACCUCGAUCUGAAAGGAGACUUGUACAUUGCUGGCCUUGGACCCGGAAUGUACAGCAACCUGCCCAAGUUGGUGGCUUCCCGGGAAGGCUUCCAGGGCUGUCUGGCCUCCGUGGACCUGAACGGCCGGCUGCCAGACCUGAUCAAUGAUGCGCUGUUCCGCAGCGGGCAGAUCGAGAGAGGAUGCGAAGGCCCGAGCACCACCUGCCAGGAGGACUCGUGUGCCAACAUGGGUGUGUGCAUCCAGCAGUGGGAGAACUACACCUGCGAUUGCUCCAUGACCACCUACUCCGGCACACACUGCAAUGACCCUGGCACCACAUUCAUCUUCGGCAAAGGCGGAGGGCUCAUCGCGUUCACCUGGCCUGCCAAUGACCGCCCCAGCACUCGCACGGACCGCCUGACCGUGGGCUUCAGCACCUCACUGAAGGACGGCAUCCUGGUGCGCGUGGACAGUGCCCCCGGCCUCGGAGACUACCUCAUGCUGCACAUUGAGCAAGGCAAAAUUGGCGUCACCUUCAACAUUGGGAUCAUCGACAUUAGCGUGAAGGAAACUGGCGUUCCGGUGAACGAUGGAAAGUACCAUGUGGUGCGCUUCACCAGGAAUGGGGGCAACGCCACUUUGCAGGUGGACAACUGGGCCAUCAAUGAGCACUUCCCAACAGGCAACAGUGAUAUUGAGCGUCUUCAGAUGGCAAAUAAGAAAAUCCCAUUCAAAUAUACCCGGCCAGUUGAAGAAUGGCUACAGGACAAAGGCCGCCAGUUAACAAUCUUCAACACCCAGGCCACUAUCACUGUAGGAGGAAGCGACCGCGGGAGGCCGUUUCAAGGUCAACUGUCUGGUCUCUACUACAACGGGUUGAAGGUGCUGACCAUGGCAGCAGAAGGCAACCCCAACAUCCGGACCAAUGGCAGCGUGCGCCUAGUGGGCGAGGUGCCCUCGGUGCCAGGCUCGGGCACAACCACCUCUAUUCCACACGAGAUGUCCACUACCUUCAUCGAGACCACCACCACCAUGUCCACCACCACCACACGCAAGCACAGGUCCUCCCCCACCAUCCAGACAUCAGAUGACAUUGUAUCAUCAGCCGAGUGCUCCAGCGAUGACGAAGACCUGGAGGAGUGCGACUCGGGAAACGCAGGUGGGCUAGGAGGAGAGUUGUUAGUAAUCCCCAUAAUCGAGCCCUUAGAUGCCGGUCCCCUAGCUAGCCGUGCACCUUCCAUCCCCCUCCCCCUCACCGUUACCGAGAGCUCCAAAGCGUCCACCGAGGCGGGCUUACCUCGCGUGCCGGACCAAGGCGCCGACGAUUACCGCGAUGGCUCGGUGAUAUCUGGGUAUGGCUCAGGGCGAGCGCUCGACUCUAACCUACCCCCUACCGAUGAUGAUGAUGAUGGUGACGAUGAAGAUUUUUACACCACCUUCUCCUUGGUAACAGAUAAGACCUUGUCCACGUCGGCCUUCGAAGGGGGCUACAAAGCUCAUGCGCCUAAGCGGGAAUCCAAGGACUUUAGACCUAACAAAGCCGCUGGGUCCGGUAGGACUACCACUACCAUGGCCCCCAAAGCCCCUGCGGGCAAAAUGAAUAACCCAGAGCUAAAAGCCCAGCCAGACCUAGUGUUACCGGCACCUCCCCUGCCCACUUCCCGCCAGCUAGACAGCACAAAGCCGAAGAAGCGCCUAAUAACCUCCCCCGUGUUCCGUGAUGUACCCACAGCAAACCCCACGGAGCCGGGCACCAAGCGCGUUCCGGGGGCUUCCGAGGUGGUCCGCCAAUCUAGCAGCACCACGGGAAUGGUCGUCGGAAUUGUUGCCGCAGCUGCUCUGUGCAUCCUCAUUCUCCUGUAUGCCAUGUAUAAGUACAGGAACAGGGACGAGGGAUCGUACCAAGUGGAUGAAAGCAGGAACUACAUCACCAACUCGGCACAGAGCAAUGGUGCUGCUCUCAAGGAAAAGCAGCAAAGUGGAAAACUCAGUAGCAAGAAACAAAAAAACAAAGACAAAGAAUAUUACGUCUGAGAAAAAAAAAGACACACGCCAAGCGACUUACGCAAAGGAGCUAAAGGAGUCGGCAAACUCGCCCUGUAACAUAAAGCACCCUUCCUUACCCACUUACUUAAACUACCGCCAGCGUACUGAGAAAGCCGAUAGCUACCUUAGGCAUUGUCAAUAUCUUCUAUUGGGCCCGAGACGUAACCCGCCAAUUGGCUUAGAUUACUUUAUGGUUCCAUGAUUCAAGUGACUAUUAGAGGUACGUCAUCCUUGGUGUAAACCUCAUUUGUUGUAACCCUGUACAAAGAAACAAACGAUGCAAAAAAAAAAAAAAAACUUUGGCUGUUUCGAGCAUGUAUGAGACAUGUAGCGCCGGUAAUUUCAAAGUGUGGGUCAGGAAAACAAAAAAAACUUAAACAAUCAUUGUAGAAGAAGAAGAAAAAAAUGACUUUUGCCAUAACAAAAGAUGACUAAUUUGUAUAGUUUCUACAUUACUAUAAAGUGUGGUGUCUCAUUUUUGCCACGAGCAAAAAUAUAUCUAUCUAUCUAUAUAUACACACACAGACAUACUUAAAGAGAGCAAAGGAUAUAUAGAGAUAUAUAGACAGAUCGUCUAGGCUCAGACAGUACGUAACUGGACACAACGUACGACCGGUAUAGUGCCCGAUCGCUCAAGCGUGCCACAUGCCAUCCGCGUCGCUACAUGAAACCACCGGGCCAAAUAGACACGACGGAGUAAACAAAAGGUAGAUUCCUUUUUUCGGGCGGGGCCAUUCACGCCUACGUCUCCCCCCCCCCCCCCCCCCCCCCCGUCUCACUGCGACGGGAACGACGUCCGUGUCUACCGGAGGACCGUGACGACUGGCAGACGGGAUGUUUCGGCGAAUCAAUCUCAUGUGAAAAGUGUGAAUUUUAUCUGGUGUCACAGUCGACUGUGUCAAACAACAAAUUUGUUUACAUAUUUUAUUACAUACUAGCUGUUGUACUUUGUAGGUAGAUAUUGUACAUAACAUUUGAGUUGUAAUUUUUUUAGUAAUUUUAUUGUACAGACGACUGAUCGUUCCGUUUAUCGGUGUAUUUCAUGAAGAAAAGACAAUAUCUAUCUACGACUUAUCUGAUACAAAGAGACUUUGAAGCCAAGAAGAAAAAAUAAUAUUACAGAUAAUAAAGACACAUAUUUUAUAAUGAAAGGAGAAAAUAAAUCAUUAUUGUUAGGGAUAGAAAAUUAUUCUUUCUUUCUCGCUGAUGUUUCUAAGUCGCAUGAAUAUUUGACUACUGAAAGCUGUCCGACAAAUACAAAAUGCCCUUAAUUGUAUCAAAGCUUCCUUGUUACUUUUAACAAUGUAUUUAUUUUUCUUUUCAAAAAUAUUUAGAAAACCACACUAAAGAGCGAGUAUUACGGAUGCCACGGUGCACUCUGGGCAUGCCGCUCCUAUCGGCCUUUCUCCGUCAUUCCGUCUACCGCUCGGCUGUCAGUCUUCUCCCUAUAGCGUUUUUUCCCAUCUGUCUCCCUACCAAAUGAUGCGUGCACACUGCAAAUGCUCGCUUUUGUUUUUUAACUGAAUUCAAAUCCAUGUAUAUUUAUUUUUGAUUAUUUAACUUCUUCUGAGCCCAGCAUCUAUUCAAAAAUAAAAAGUUUUAACAUCA